AACUUUCCCCUUGCAGCAUUGUUUCAGUUUUAGCCAAUGAAAUCGCAAAUCGCUAUUUGUCUCAUGUAAUGGCGGCAUCCUUGUUUAUGCGGUAAGAUAAUUCACUACAGACCUAAGCAUGCCUAGGAGUAAAAAGCGAGGUGCCUCUAAGUCUGCUGCUAGUGAGGCAGCAGCUGUGGGUGAGGAAGUUCUGGCUACUGUAGAGGGGGCACCAAAAGGAAGAAGGACACGUGGAGGGGCAUCUCAGAGCCCUGCCCCCCAAAAGGCCUCCCCUAGUCCAGCACCCAGGUCAAGGAGCAGAGGCAAAGCUCAAGCAAAAGGUGACAGUGCUGAAGUUCCUGAUAGAGUAACCAGGGCAGUAGUACAGGAAGUGGAGGAAUCCCCAAAGAGAGGUCGGUCCACUUCUCGGAGAGGAAAGCAAGCCAGUCAACCAAGUACUCCCGCAAGCACUAAGAAAGCUACUCCAGCAAAGGCCAAGAAAACUCCAGUCAGGGGCGGUCGCAGUAGAAGUGCACGUGGUAAGAAAAAAGUGGUGGAAGAUGAAGAAAUGGAAGAUGAGGAGGAGGAUGAAGAGGAAGAAAUUGAGGAACCAGUUGUGUCCACCCCAAAAGGAAGAGGUAGGGGUGCCAGAGGUACCCCGAAAAAAUCACCAGCACCCAAAAAAUCUCCUGCAAAGAGGAAAGCCCCAGCUAAAACAGCAUCUAGGUCUAGGAGCAGAGGGAAGCAGGGAAGCCCUGCAGGGUCUCAGAGUCCUCUUCCUGAUGCCCAGAUUGUUCUCACCAAAAUCGACUCACCUCAGAAAGCCACAUCCCCCACCAAAAGUCCAUCUCCCAAGGCAGCCAAGAAAACUCCAUCACCCAGCCCAAAAAGAGCAGCACGAUCACCAACCAAGAAGACACCUCCCUCCGCCAGUAGAGGGGGCCGUUCCCGAAGGGGGGCUCCAGCUGAACAGGAGGAGGCCGCAGUAGCAGAAGACCAGGCCAGUGGUGAGGUAGAACAGAAGGAAGAGGAGGAAGGAGAAUCUGUAAAGGAACCAGAAUCUGAAGAACAGAAGGAAGGUGAAGUAGGAGGAGAGAAGGAGGAGGAGGAUGAAAAGGCAGCAGAAGGAAAGACAGAUGCACAACCAGAGGUUGAAGCAGAAGCAAUGGAACAAGAAGAGAAGCUGGGUGAAGAGAGUGUAGAAGAAGAUGUAGCUGAUAAUGAGGAGGUGAUGGAGGAGAAGGAGGAAGCUGAAGAUGUACAACCAAAUUCCAUCAAAGAAAAUGGUGAUGAUGCAGAAGCACCCAGUCAAAAAAGAAAGUUUGAAGAGGUUGAGGAUGAAGUAGAAGAGAAAGAAGAAGACUUGUCUGCAAAAAAAGCAAAAUUGACAGAGGAGCUUUUACCACAGGCAAACGGAAGUCAGGGGGAAAACAGUAUGGAAUCUGAACCAAGCGUAGAAGACGUGAAGGAAAAUAAGGUUGAAAGUGAAGCGGAUGUAGAAAAAGACUAUGUUAUGGUGAAUAUUAAUGAAGUUCCUGCUGCUGAUAGCAGUGAAAUCUUGAAUAGUAUUCCAAAGGAAGAGAAUAAGGAGAAAGAGAUAAUGGAAGAAGUUGUUGAAGCAGUUCCAGUUGUAAGCCAGGUGGUGGAAGAGCCAGUUCCAGUUGUUGAAGAGAAAGAAGAUGUUGUAAUGAGAGAAGAGGCAGCAGAAGUCCCAGAGGAAGUGGUUGAGGCACCCAUCCAGAAGGAAGUGUUCGUACCUCUUGGAAACCAGGAAGUAGUUCAGGAAGCAAGCAACAUUCCUGUGCCUCAGCAGGAAGUAAGUCAAGAGGCAAGCAGCAUACCACAACCAAACCCAGUAGCAGAAACGGUGCAAUCAGUGAAUGCAGUCGUAAAUGAACAAUCAGUAGUCUCAAAUCAGAACUGGGUAUUGAAUCGACAGUUUGUCAAGAACCCCGCCUUUAGGGACGAGUUUGGAGAUCCCGCUAAACAGUUUAGUGUGGUCAGUUACAACAUCCUUGCCCAAUGCCACCUAGAGAGAGGUAACUACAGCUUUACAAAGCCUGAAUUUCUGGCUGCAGAUCACAGGUAUCAGAAACUGAUGGAGGAGAUACGGUACCUGAAUGGGGAUAUUGUUUGUAUGCAAGAGGUUGAUACAGCAUUUUACAAUGGCAUUCUGGCAGCAUCUAUGAAAGCAAUGGGAUACGAAGGUCUGUGGAAGAAACGUACCAAUGAACUCUAUGACGAGGGUGAAGCCACCUUCUACAAAACGAGUCGGUUUACUGUGGUAGAGAGCAACACCUACUCUUUGGCUGAUCUUGCAAAUAAGGAAAUGGAUGAUGGUUUGGAUCCAACACAAAAGGAGGCUAUCCAGGGAUACCUGGAUCGGCCGGAUGUGAUGGUGCUGGUCAAGCUCCGAUGUAACUCUACCGGACAGAUCGUGACCGUGGGAAACAUCCAUGUCCACUGGGGCCAGAUGAAGCUCCCUGAUGUCCAGUGUAUACAGAUAGCAAGUGCCAUUAAGGAAGUAGUCAGUAAGGCAGGUGGUGACCUGACCCCCCACAUCCUGUGUGGAGACUUCAACUCGGAGGUGACCAGCCCUGGGUACCAGCUGUGUACGGAGGGAUACCUGUCUGAUGCCUGUAUCCAACAACUCCAGUCAUUGGAGAAUCUACAGUUCCAGGAUGGAACAAAAUCCUCAUUAAUAAACACUUUAUGGAGGGCAUUUCAGCAUACAUCUAGCAGCAUGAAAAGUGCUUACAACACCGCCCAAGGGAAAGAACCCAAGCUGACAUCCUAUCACACGUCCAUGAAGGCAGCUGUGGACUACGUUUUCUUCAGCUCCAACUGUCUGGAUAACGUGGGUGUACUGGCGCUACCCCCAGAGGGAGCCAUCACCCAGACCGGGGGAAUUCCUAACGAAAUCUUCCCAUCAGACCAUGUAUCAAUCAAAGCCGUCUUCUCAUUCAGAUAAACAUCCCAUGUCAUGCUUUAUGGACAAGCCACACCCACAGAUUUAUUCAUGCUAAUCAUUGGUCAAAUCAUCUGUCAAUCAUCCAUCUGAAUUACCUCUACAGGUCAUGACUAGAAUACUAGUGCAGCUAUUUUUGGAAACAUGAACACUGUGUGUGACAACUAUCCAUCAGGCUGGUUUUUUUUUCCCCAAAGGAACUUUAAGUGCAUAUUUUGAUUUCAGUUAGAUAAGCGGUAUAUCAUGAUAAUUGUUUUAUUUAUAUAUGCACACAACUGAAUCUUUCCUUUUCUCAAACUUCUCUGUAUCUCAAGAAUUGUCCAAAUCUGUUGUGUGUAGAAAAGAUCCAUAUUUUUUGUAUAGGAUGUCGGAAUCGUUUUGGGAAAUAGCGAAAUCGUGUUCUUUGUUGUUUUUAAUGAUAGAAUUAAUGAAUUAAGUUUUAUUUCACACUUUUGUGAAUUGAUUCUGGUGUUUUAACGUGUUUCCUGGUGUUUUAUUCUUGUUUGCAGACAGUUCUAAAAGAAUUUGGGUUCAAGUGUUAAUUUGAUGACAAGUUUACUACUAAUAAGUGUCAAUAACUUCAUAUUUGCAAUGUAAUUCAAUUUCCAUAAUGCUUUGAUGUAUUGCAUUUAAAUGUGUCGUUGUUUCUGAAAUUUUGGGGUUUUCCCCCCAAACUCAAUUGUAUUUCUACACAGAAAUCAUUAUUUUUAAACACAAGGUUGGUCCUACUCUUAACCUGGUAAAAGAAAGCUGAAACCACCCCUGUGUUUUUCAUGCAUAGAAAAUCAAUUGGGAAAAUAUUUGUAUAUUAAAUACUGGAUACAUCUUGACUAGACUUUGACAAUGAAUGUCCAAUGAAAUUUGUUUUUACAAAAUUUAAGAUGUUUUAUUGUUAAUAAUUGAUAAAUUAAAUUAUUAAUAAGUCUUAACCUCAAAGAGGCAGUAAUUUAUUGAUUAAAGGUGCUCUUUAUUAAGAUGCUUUGGAUAUAUAUAUUAUGCCAAAAUAAUGGAUAUUUUAUUGGUUAUUUUAAUUUAGCCGUUUAAUGAAUUCCUUUUCAUGAUACAAGGUAGAUAACUGUUAUUUUGAAAAUAGAUUGGUAUUAUUAAGUUAAGGAUUUCAGGAGACACUUCUCUAUGUCUUUGACUGAAUGGCAUUAUUUUACAUCAAGAAAGAUUGGAAUGUUUGUUUCUGUUCUUUUUUUUUUUUAAUGAAGAUGGGAACUGAAAGCUUUUGACGGUUACCGUAGUGUACAAAAGUUAUCUUUUUUUUUUCAGGAGUUUCAUUGUAAAAUAAUCAUAAUCAUUCAAUUAGAAUCUUAUUAAAUUUUUUUAAUUUUCAAGAUAAAUGUUGGUGUUAAGAUGUCAUUUCAGAGUUGUCUUCUUUGUUUUGUACAGAUUAAUAGAAAAAAAUCUCUACCUAUAUAUAUCUAUCUAUAUAAACAUCUUAUGCUAUAGAUAGUUCUCCAUGUUUAUGGCAAAUAAGAAAUGUUUGUGGAUAAUGCCUUAGAGUGUUUAUUGACUCUAUGAAUUCAUUGUCACCCAUCACGGUAGCCCAGUGAUAUCUUGUAAUAGUCACCAGCAAUAACAUUGUAACAAAAUUGUAUUUACGUUCGAUUAUGGCAAUUAAAUUGCAAGGUUGGAUUUUGAAAUAAACAUGGAUAACUUGU